AUGGUACGGGGACAAGAGAUCGUGGUUGUCGACAUGGGAGAGAAAAUACCUGCUAUCAGUGGUUCGCCGUCACAUUGCGAACAUGCUGCAUUCACAGAAAGUAGGGCUGUUGAGAACUUUGAAGAACUCAAAUAUGUCCGACAGGGUCUCAAACAACGACAUAUCCAGAUGAUAGCUCUUGCGGGUACAAUCGGCACUGGGCUUUUCCUUGGCCUAGGACAAGCACUGGCAAAGGCAGGGCCUCUGGGAACGUUCCUGGGCUAUUCGAUUACUGGUUCGGUUGCCUGUGCUGUUGUCAUGGCUGUCGGGGAAAUGGGAGCAUUGCUUCCUCUGAGUGGUGGCUACGUGCGGUACAGCGAAUACUUCUUCGACCGCAGUGCCUCUUUCGCCCAGGGUUGGAACAUGGUGUAUUCAUACCUCGUCGCCAUUCCAGCCGAGCUGGUCGCUGCCGCCGUUCUCGUGGAGUUUUGGUCCUCCCUCAACCCCGCGGUUUGGAUCACGGUGUUCGGCAGUAUCAUGCUUAUUUCCACCCUUGUCUUUGUCCGAGUGUACGGAGAGCUGGAGUUCGCAUUCGCUCUUCUCAAGAUCGCAUUGAUCAUCGGCAUCAACAUUCUAGCUCUCGUCAUCACUUGUGGAGGUGGACCAUCCGGCGAGUCCAUUGGCUUCCGCUACUGGAGGGAACCUGGCCCUUUUGUGCAAUUUCUGGGAAUCCCGGGAGCAACCGGCCGAUUUGCAGGCUUCUGGACCACCUUUACCAACGCACUCUAUGCCUAUGCCAGCAUUGAAUCCAUCAGUCUCGCUGCUGCGGAGACGAGACACCCAAGAAGAGCGAUUCCGAUGGCCGCCAAGAGGAUCUUCGCCAGAGUUCUUCUCUUCUACGUCCUGACCAUCUUCAUGGUCGGGCUAGUGGUCCCCUCAAACGAUCCGGAUUUGCUGCACUCAAACGGGAACGCUUCACAGUCUCCAUUUGUCAUCGCCGCGCGACGUGCCGGAAUCAAGGUCGUACCGUCGAUCAUCAACGCCGUCGUCCUGACUUCGGCAUGGUCUGCUGGGAAUUCUGGCUUGUUGGGAGGCUCCAGGGUCCUUUACGGGCUUGCUCUGCAUGAGAAUGCCCCUCAAAUAUUUCGACGUGUCAAUCGUUUCGGUAUUCCUUACGUCGCAGUGGGCCUUUUCGGCCUCUUCAUGGGAUUGGGAUACAUGACGCUUUCUCGGAGCGCAAGUGUCGUCUUCGGCUGGCUCCUCGACUUGGUGGCCAUCGCCACUCUGGUCAAUUGGAUCAUUAUUACUACGACAUUUCUCCGCCUGUUUUAUGCCAUGAAGAAACAAAACAUCGAUCGUCACGACCGCCUACCCUGGGCAUCGCCAUUUCAGCCCUAUCUCAGCUGGUAUGCCUUGGCUAUGCAAUUGCUAAUCUUACUGACCGGUGGCUAUACUACAUUUAUCAAAGGACAUUGGGAUGCGGAGGUCUUCGUGGCGGCCUAUCUAAAUGUCCCCCUGGUAUUGGUCUUGUACUUUGGACACAAGUUCGUGAUGAAAACGAAAAUAAUACCUUUGGCAGAAGUCCAGAUUGCUGAUCUUCUAGCAAUUUACGAGGCACAUCCUGAACCACCGGCGGUACGCAAAAAAGGCCUGGCAAGGUUGAAUUUCCUUUGGGGAUGA